CCUGCUGGUAACCAAGGUCAGGCUGCUCCAGCAGCCAACAACAACAAGCCACAGAGCCGCACCAUGUUGAUUGUGUGGUGCAUCUGCGGAGGUGUGGGUGGUCUUCUAUUCCUGGCUCUCCUGAUCUGCUGUUGCUGCAAGUGCAAGAAGUAGCCGCGGAGCUUUUAUUGAAAGCUUUGAAGAUCUUCCUGCUGGUGAGGACUUGGACUUGAACUGUUGCAAGAAGGAGUGGUGUACUACCUUGAUGAAGUGCAGCACGACGUACUUAGAAGAAGGAAGGUACCUGUUCCUGUACAAGAAAGCGAAGUAGGAGAAUUAUACAUAAGUACCUGUAGUACUAUCAUGUGCAAGCAGCAGAAGUGGGCGGAUGAAUACCUGUAUGUGCAAGAAGUAGAAGAAGUGACCCUGUUGGCGGAGAUGGGCCAACUCCCACUAGCGGAGGACCUGUGGCUAGUGGUCAGCAAGGGACUGUCAACCCUGUUGGCGGAGAUGGGCCAACUCCCAGUAGCGGAUGACCUGUGGCUAGUGGGCACCGCUGCAUCCGAACGCCGUUUUUGGUAUGCGAAGGGGAACUGCCGGAACAAGUAGGGGUCUGACGAUUUUGAUUACACUAGGGAAGAUCUUUCUGGGCUUACUUCUAGGUGGUAGCGUUUUCUUUCUCCUGGUGUUCUUCUGUUGCUUACGAGUAAAGCAGACAUUUUCUUCAUUUUACCGUUAUGGCACGGGUUUAGUGAACAAAGAUCUUAAAAUAAGGGUCUCAUCUUAAUCUUAUUCAAAUAGCAGAAGCUAGCCAGAACGCUUUCUACUUUCCAAGCUGCAUUCGCUCAUUUUUAGGGUGCUACAGUUACAGAUUGAAAAACUGAUACCCCAACUGUAGGCGAGAAGGUUGUCAUUGCCAUGGCAUUGCGCAAGUACAUGACAAAAAACGUUCUCUCCCGAGCCCGACAUAGCAGAACCACCAACGUUCUCUCCAGAGAUAGCAGAACAAAGAAGCAUAGCUCUCUCCCGACAUAAAAUGAACAAAAGGUGCACAUGAACUUGGCUUUCUAGCCAAGAACGAACGCCAAUCGUGGAACUAAGAACGAUCACAGAUCCAUCGUACGAG